CUGAACUUUCGAACGAAACUGUUUCUUCCUCCCCUCUCUCUCUAGCAAACUUCAACGAAGCUCUGUCUUGUGUUUGCUUUGGCUCAGUCGAUAUGUCACCUCAUGCAAGUCGAUAAGUCAAUAUAGUUCCAUUAUGCUGGCUAUAUCUGAAAAUAUAGGCCAGUUAGAAGUCAUUAUAGCUGAUGAAGACUGUUUAUCUGUUGGGCUACGUAGCGCCUACAUGGGCAAGUCUAGUUGCCGGCUCCUUUGUACUUGUCACUCUAGUCCUUUCAAUAUACCUUCUAUUCGAGCAUCUGUCUGCAUACAAGAAUCCUGAGGAGCAAAAAUUUUUGAUUGGAGUUAUCCUAAUGGUACCAUGUUAUGCAAUAGAAUCGCUUGUAUCGUUGGUGAACCCAUCGAUUAGUGUUGAUUGUGAGAUACUACGGGAUUGCUAUGAGUCCUUUGCUAUGUAUUGCUUUGGGAGAUACCUUGUUGCAUGCUUGGGUGGGGAAGAGAGGACAAUUCAGUUUAUGGAAAGAGAGGGACGUGCAAGUUCUAAGACGCCACUGUUAGAACACAGUUCUGAAAAAGGAACUGUAAAGCAUCCUUUUCCAAUGAACUAUUUCUUGAAGCCUUGGAGACUAGGCCAAUGGUUUUACCAAAUUAUCAAAAUCGGAAUUGUUCAGUAUAUGAUGAUAAAGUCUCUAAGUGCUAUCUUAGCUGUGAUCCUUGAAGCAUUCAGUGUAUAUUGUGAAGGAGAAUUCAAAUGGGGAUGUGGGUACCCUUAUAUUGCAGUGGUUCUAAAUUUCAGUCAGUCGUGGGCUUUGUACUGUCUUGUUCAGUUUUAUACUGCUACGAAGGAUGAAUUGGCGCACAUAAAGCCAUUGGCUAAGUUUCUGACAUUUAAAUCAAUUGUAUUCUUAACUUGGUGGCAAGGUGUGGCAAUUGCUAUUCUCUAUGCCCUUGGUUUGUUCAAAAGUCCUAUAGCUCAAGCUUUACAGUUUAAGUCAACUGUUCAAGAUUUCAUCAUUUGUAUAGAGAUGGGCAUUGCUUCCAUUGUUCACUUAUAUGUAUUUCCUGCAAAACCUUAUGCGCUAAUGGGAGACCAUUUCACCGGAAGUAUUUCAGUUCUUGGAGACUAUGCAUCUGCUGACUGUCCUUUGGAUCCUGAUGAGGUUAGGGACAGUGAGCGCCCCACUAAACUACGCCUUCCACAGCCAGACAUUGAGGUCAGGAGUGGAAUGACUAUCAGAGAAAGUGUUCGGGAUGUUGUUCUUGGUGGUGGGGGACACAUUGUGAAUGACCUGAAGUUCACAGUAACCCAAGCAGUGGAGCCUGUGGAGAAGGGGAUCACAAAGUUUGGUGAGAAGUUACAUAAGAUCUCUCAAAACAUCAAGAGGCAUGACAAGGAUAGAAGAAGAACAAAAGAUGACAGUUGCAUUGCCACCUCAUCACCUGCACGGAAGGUUAUUCGGGGGAUAGAUGACCCCUUAUUAUACGGGAGCAUGAGUGAUAGUGGGUUCUCAAGAGCAAAGAAGCACCGCCGAAAAUCAGGAUACACUAGUGCUGAAAGUGGGGGAGAGAGCAGCAGCGAUCAAAGCUAUGGUGGAUAUCAGAUCAGAGGUGGAAGAUGGGUUACCAAAGAUUAGUUAAGAGGAACAAUUGUACCAGCUUGUAAAAAGAAAAGACAAGGAUGGCUUGGAUAUCAACCAUAAAUCUAUCAUUGUGUCAUUCAGUCAUCGAAGUGUGGCUCACAGCCUGGCUACUUGGUACAUAUACAUCGGGGCAUGAUGUUUUGCUUCGCAAGAUGCCGUGGAGAUCAGCAAUUUGGAUCUUUUUAAAUCAGAUGCCAUGUUUUUCAGGCUGGAAGAGUGAUUUGUACAUUUAUGAUGUACAAUGGGCUUUCAAUGUGUUGUAUGGAGGUUCUUCACUUGUUAGUUGGAUAUAGUUUUCGUAGGAUAGGGAUCUGGCCUCCUGAUAAGUGAUUUCGUAUCACGGGAGUGGUUAGACCAAAAUGCAGCUUCUUAUCUGUGUUAAUUAAAGAAGCAGAAAAAAAAGGUGACCAUUUCUACACCAUGAGACCAAAACAUUGUUAUCCUUUUGCAUCUUGAUUACCCGUUUCAAGUAAUGACAGGUCUCAAGUCUUGAUUACCCUACCAUGUACAGGAUCAUCAUCGGCAUUCAACUGGCCCAACCUGGACUCAAUUCGAUGAGCCUACGAAGUUUAUUCCAAAAGGAAUGCGAAGACAAAACCAAUGUACAUUUGUAGAUUUGAUUGGAUCAAAGGAUCAACUUGAGUUUUCAAUUAUUAUUAUGGAGUGCACACCACUUUAUUUUACCAUUACUAGUGAUAACAGUUGCUAUAUAAUUAGUCAUUUUCCAACUUGUUUGACUAAA